AUGAAAAGUUCAAGAAAAUUCUCAUCGUCGGCAACAACCACCGUUAUCCACACUUACUAUAGUGACCAUAUUACCCCUCCAUCAACCACAGAAAUCCCGAUUGAAGUCCCAUCUCCGGCGGCGAAAUCCGCCGUCCAGGCUAACGCCUCCGCCGCAGCGCGGAUCCAGUCCGGCUACCGUUCUUACAGGAUCAGAAGGCUCUACAAGAAAAUCUUGUCCGUCAAUCGGGAAGCGAAUCGCGUACAGAGCAUGAUCCAACGGCAGGAAACGGUGGACGCCAUCAGAAGCGAUGAGAAGGAACGGCUGCGGAUGAACGAGACGCUGAUGUCUCUGCUUCUGAAACUCGACUCCGUCCCUGGUUUAGAUCCGACGAUCAGAGAAGCUCGGAGGAAAGUAAGCCGUCGGAUCGUCGGGAUGCAGGAAAUACUGGAUGCAAUCUCUGAGACCAGAGACGAGAAUCAAUGGUGGUCUAACUACGAUCUCGGAGUCGACGUCGGACAAGGCGGUGCGUGGCCUCUUUACUGGGAAGAAGCGGUGGAGGAAGAAAUGUGUAGGGAGAAAGGCGGCGAGGAAAUGGAGAGAUUCUGUGCUCAGUAUUUGGGUUUCAGAUGUUUCCAGAGAUUUCUCAGAGAAUGA